AACAACAAACAUAAAGACAUUUGGUCUGCACUGAAGUCUUCUUUAAUAAUUUUUCAUUAGUACAGCAACCAUUGUAAACGUUAAUAUUUUGUUCAAAAAUCUGAAAAACCAACUUUGCAAACAUCUCAUGCUUUGCUCAACAUGUAUGUCUUAUGAUUGAUUCUUAUCUGUUACGUCUUGUUUACGCAGGUGCAGAUUAGUGAUGUCCUCUCACAAAGGACGCUUCAUCAAACAAACAGAAAUUUUUUUCUUUGCGGCGCAUUUAAUUUAUGAUCAGGUGCAAAUUGCAUUUGAUGAGAUGCCCACAUUUUAUACAGUAAAUGUUUUUUUACAUUGUAAACGUUAAAAGUUCAACAAAACUCAGAUUCUUAUAAUUUAGAUUCUUUAAAUUUUAAGUAACUCAUGUUCAAUGUCAUUUUUACCUACAUUCUGAGUAAAUUAAAUUGUUUAAAGCUCAACUGUUAUCGUUUAAUCAUUUUUAAGUCAUUUUUAAUUUUCAAUUUAAACCGUAAUUAUGAAAUACAACGCGUUUCAUAUGCAGAUGUAUGCGUUUUAUUAAAGCAUCAAUUCUUGUGAGACUCAAGGCUUAUUUUAUCUAUAAUAUUUUGUCUUUGAGGCUCAGAUACUACAUUCUGAGUGGUUUGUUGCUAAAGAAAUGUACUUAUUCAAUGAUGAUGUCACUUUAAUUUUUAUUAUUAUUUUAGUUUCUCGCUCCUGUAAAAUGUCCACAACUCAAGAUUGCAAUCAGUGCUUUAUUGAUAACACAACAUUGUGCCCUCGACCUAUGGAAAUCGUUAGUAAUGUCGACAGUACUCUUUUGCCAUCUUUAGUCUGUGUUGAACAUCCAAAAUUCCUCAGUGUUUUUGACUUUCCUACAUCAUUGGUGAAGAGUAUCGACUGUAAUAGUGAUAAUGUUAUAAAAUUGAUCAAAUUAUCGGAACCACUGAUUCUAAAAAACUGUCGCUUCUUUGACAAAGCUCGUCAUUGGAAUCUUUCAUACUUAUCGAAGACUUUAUGGGAAGAGUAUGCGAUAUAUGUGUCCAAUUCUCGGAAAUUUUUGUAUUAUGACAGCACUGUAGACUAUUCAAACUACGAGAAAAAUUAUGGCUGGCGUCCUCCCUUCAGAACUCAUUUCAACAGUUUCCAAGAAUUUUUGAACAUGGCUUCGGAGUUAACGAAAGUGAAAAAUGGAUCGUUUGCUUAUUUCCAGACUUUACUUCACAAUGAUGAUUUUACUACAUCGUUACAUAAAGAUAUGAGAGAUUUUAACUAUACUUGGUUACUGCACACUGUGUUUGAACUUGGUUGGAGUACUAACGUUCUUAAUAUGUUAUUUGUUGGUAUGCCUGAUGUCAUUACACGUCUGCAUUAUGAUGUAAUGCAAAAUGUUUUCAUACAGCUUCAAGGAUGGAAACGAUUCAUUCUUUUCAGCCCAGAUCAUUUCGGUAAACUAUAUCCUUAUCCUCUUGGUCAUCCUCAUGAUCGUCAAUCGAUGGUUGAUAUAGAGUAUCCGGAUUAUCAAAGAUUUCCAAAAUUUCGUCAUGUAAAAGGAUUAAUGGCAAUAUUAGGACCCGGUGACGUUCUUUAUCUACCUAGCUGUUGGUGGCAUGAAGUUGAAUCAAAUAGAAACGAUUUUACAGUCUCGUUGAACUUCUGGUUUGAAGAAAAUUUUGAAGAGACCAUAUCGCGAAAGAUGAAAAAUAGUGCUAUCUUCAAUGUAUCAGCAAAUUUUACUUUGUCAGAAGAAAUGAUAUUUAGACGAUACAUCGAAAGUCUUGUUUUUAAUGCAACGAGAAACACUCAAAUGGUGAAAGAAAUCUUCCAGGAUAUAUUGCAUGGACGAUUUGAAGAGAUUUGACAUUAUCUAUCAUAUUUAGGCUCCGAUGAUGGAUGAACUUCAGCUCUUUAUAAAAUGGAAGAAACGAAACAUGGGCAUUUUAAAAAGAUAUCCACAAUAUUUUACCAUGAUAAACUUGUUUGAAAAAUAACAUACUGUAUUUUCUUUAUCUCUCGUAAUCGUCUUAUUAGAUUAUAAUGACUUAAUUCUGGAUAUCUUCUCUUGCCUGUCAAUCUGAAUGAACACGAACUUUAGCAAAUGACAUGUUGCCAUGUAACAUGUCAUUUUUGACUUACGUUUAGUAAUAUAAGGUUAUUUCAAUCAAUCAUCUAUUUUUCUUACUUA